UAGAUUCUGUGCUCUUUGUGGAAAUUUCCCUUUAUUGUCAAUUUAAAAUCUAGCUUUCAAAACUAUGAAUACAAAAAUGAUUCCGACUAGCAACAAAAACCCAAUAAAUUGGUUUAAUAAUUUUUGCGCCCAGAGUCGCUCGAAGUUUUUCACCAACCUACCUGAGUCUAAGGAGCACCUAAAGUUUGGCGACAACCUAAUAAGUGUUGAUGAGUGUUACACCCUCAUUAAGAGAAAUAUGAAGCGAUCGGAAAACGAAAAAGACACGAACGAGGACGCAUUGUGGAAUAUUCCAAUAAUUUUGAUAAGUCUGGGCUGUAUUCUCGUUAUCCUAAUGGCAUUCAGCUUUGUGAUCCAAUGUCUUGUGGCAAAGUUAAGAAGUUCAAGGAUCGGCGAGCAGUUCGAAUCUGAUAUUUGCAAGUUAGAAGAGCUGGCAAAGGGAAAGCAAAAAACAAAAAAGAAAUGUUGCUCCUGCCGUUGAACUCCAAAGAAACAAG